UCUGAGCAAAAGGCUUAUUUCCCACUCAUUUUAAAACACUGCUGAAUUUGUUUAUAUAUUACUGGAAGAAUAAUUCAUCGUCUUCCCCUCUCUCUCUCUCUAGAUCAGAUUAGAAGGUGUUUGCUCUACACCAUCGCUUCAUUCAUCGGUUGUAACAGGGCUAGAUGAUAUAGAGAAGGGGAUAUAGAGUGAAGAAGAGAGAGUUAUAAUGUGGAAGCUGAAGUUUGCGGAUGGAUCAAGCCCGUGGCUGCGCUCUUUGAAUGGACACGUAGGCCGGCAAACCUGGGAGUUUGAUCCUAGCCUUGGGUCCCCGGAGGAGUUGGCUGAGAUUGAGAAGCUCCGAGAGCAAUUCCGCAGUAAUCGCUUUGAAAAGCGUCAUUCUGCAGAUCUUCUCAUGAGACUUCAGUUUUCGAAGGAGAAUCCUGUUACCAAUAAUUUGCCCCAAGUCAAAGUGAAGGAUGUGGAAGAUAUUACUGAAGAAAAAGUAGAUAAUACAUUGAGGAGGGCCAUCAGUUUCCAUUCAACUCUGCAGGCUCAUGAUGGUCAUUGGCCUGGAGACUAUGGAGGUCCAAUGUUUUUAUUGCCUGGCCUGGUAAUUACAUUGUCAAUCACCGGGGCGUUAAAUGCAAUAUUGUCAAAAGAGCAUAAACGUGAGAUUUGUCGCUAUCUCUACAAUCACCAGAACAGAGAUGGUGGAUGGGGUCUGCACAUUGAGGGUCCAAGCACUAUGUUUGGUUCUGUUUUGACCUAUGUCACUUUGAGGUUGCUUGGUGAAGGAGCAAAUGAAGGAGAUGGAUCAAUGGCGAAAGGCCGAGAUUGGAUUUUGAAUCAUGGUGGGGCCACUGCAAUAACAUCAUGGGGAAAGAUGUGGCUCUCGGUACUUGGGGUCUUUGAAUGGUCUGGAAACAAUCCUUUGCCUCCUGAGAUAUGGAUUCUUCCCUACAUCCUUCCAUUCCAUCCAGGAAGGAUGUGGUGCCAUUGUCGAAUGGUUUAUCUCCCUAUGUCCUAUCUGUAUGGGAAAAGAUUUGUUGGCCCGAUCACACCUACAGUUCUUUCUCUGAGGAAGGAGCUUUUUACUGUUCCAUACCAUGAAAUAGACUGGGAUAGAGCUCGCAAUGAAUGUGCAAAGGAAGAUCUAUACUACCCACACCCUCUUGUACAGGAUGUACUUUGGGCGACUCUUCACAAAGCUGUGGAACCUGUUUUAUUGCGUUGGCCAGGGAAAAAGUUGAGAGAAAAGUCAUUGCGGAGUGUUAUGGAACACAUACAUUAUGAGGAUGAAAACACACGCUAUAUAUGCAUAGGCCCUGUAAAUAAGGUGCUGAAUAUGCUUUGCUGCUGGGUGGAAGAUCCAAAUUCAGAAGCUUUCAAGUUACAUCUUCCAAGAAUCCAUGAUUAUCUAUGGCUUGCUGAAGAUGGCAUGAAAAUGCAGGGGUACAAUGGGAGUCAGUUAUGGGAUACUGCCUUUACUGUCCAGGCAAUUAUUUCAACAAAGCUGGUUGAAGAAUUUGGCCCAACUUUAAGAAAAGCACAUAGCUAUAUAAAGCACUCCCAGGUGUUAGAAGAUUGCGAAGGUAAUCUAGAUUCAUGGUAUAGACACAUUUCAAAAGGUGCCUGGCCAUUUUCAACUGCAGAUCAUGGUUGGCCUAUUUCAGAUUGCACUGCUGAGGGACUAAAAGCAGCUCUGUUACUGUCCAAGCUACCUGCAGAAACUGUCGGUGAACAAGUAGAUGCACACAGGUUGUUUGAUGCUGUGAAUGUUAUUUUUUCACUGCAGAACGCGGAUGGAGGAUUUGCAACAUAUGAAUUGACAAGAUCCUAUAGUUGGUUGGAGCUAAUCAAUCCCGCUGAGACUUUUGGUGACAUUGUCAUUGAUUACCCCUAUGUUGAAUGCACUUCGGCUGCUAUUCAAGCAUUAACAGCAUUUAAGGAAUUAUACCCCGAACAUCGAACUGAAGAAGUGGAACGUUGUAUUGAGAAAAGUGCUAAAUUCAUUGAGAAGAUUCAGGAGGCAGAUGGGUCCUGGUAUGGUUCUUGGGCAGUAUGCUACACUUAUGGAACAUGGUUUGGCAUAAAGGGCCUGAUAGCAGCUGGUAGAAACUUCAGCAAUAGCUCUACCAUACGCAAAGCUUGUGAAUUUCUGUUGUCUAAACAGCUUCCUUGUGGUGGUUGGGGAGAAAGUUAUCUUUCAUGUCAAAACAAGGUGUAUUCAAAUCUAGAAGGCAACAAGUCUCAUGUGGUGAAUACUGGUUGGGCUCUGAUGUCUCUCAUUGAUGCUGGACUGGCUGAGAGGGACCCCUUGCCAUUGCACCGUGCAGCAAAAGUCCUCAUAAACUCGCAAUGUGAAAAUGGAGAUUUCCCACAGCAGGAGAUCAUGGGUGUUUUCAACCGGAACUGUAUGAUCACGUAUGCUGCAUACAGGAACAUAUUCCCCAUCUGGGCUUUAGGAGAGUAUCGAUCUCGUGUUCUGCUCAAAUAAUGAAUUUGCCGCAAUCGAAUCCCGACAGGUUUUCCAGCUUUAAUUUGCUUUGUACCACAUCUGACUUGGAUCAAUAAUCCUGUGCCAUCAUCUUUGGUCUUAGUUGAUUUUGUUUCUAAGGUUUCGGUUGAAGUAGCCGGGUUAAAUUGGUUUAUGCUUUUCGUAGUCAAGCUUCAUCUAUGUUUAAGUGUCCCAAGCUGAUGAUUCGAUUCAUGGUUUCAUGUUUUGUGUUGA